CGCGGCACCCCGGCGGCCUCUGCUCGGCCUGGCUGGGGCGGUCGGGGGCGGGGUUGUCAGAUCCCUGCCGGCCGGGCGGCCAGCCAGACCCCGGCAGGGGCGGAGAGCGGUCGUCGGCUGUUCCAGGACACGUGAUUAGUAUCUGGGGACCACUGCAGCCCUCGGCCACCUCGUAGACUAUUCACCACACAAGAGAUUAGCGCCACCAGGUGUCCAUGACUAUGGCGAUUAACCUUCUGGAGGACUGGUGUCGGGGGAUGGACGUGGACAUCCACAGGUCCCUGUUGGUCACGGGCAUCCCGGAGGAUUGUGGCCAAGCGGAAAUUGAGGAGACCUUGAAUGGGGUCCUCGCCCCGCUGGGCCCAUACCUCGUGCUUAACAAGAUUUUUUUGAGGGAAGAGAAUGCCAAAGCUGUGCUCACUGAGGUUGGCGAGGGUGUGAAUCUGAGGGCCAUACCCCAGGAAUUCCCAGGAAAGGGGGGCAUUUGGAGAGUGGUCUGUAGAGACCCCACCCAGGAUGCAGAAUUUUUAAAAAAUCUGAAUGAAUUCCUGGAUGCUGAGGGGCGCACCUGGGAGGACGUGGUCCGCCUGCUGCAGCUCAACCACUCCCCACAGCCCCGGAACCAGACUCGGUCCCGAGAGAACUGGGCAGAAGCUUUUGGGGUGCUCCUGGGGGCAGUGGUGCAAAUCAUCUUCCACGUGGAUGCAGAAAUCCGCGGCCGGGAGGAAGCGAGGGCUCAGGACGCUGCUGAGGCCCAGGCGGUAGCAGCCUCAGCCUCAGGGAGGAAGGUCAGGGAGGGGCCAGGGCAGGCCGCAGACGGGGGCUCUGUCUUGAAGAUGGAGAAUUCUGACAGCUGGGAUGCCACGGAAGACGAGGGGGAGCCCCCCAAACCUUUGGUUCACAAGGCCGGAGCUACAACUCGCUGUAGGAGAAAGAAGCAGAGGAAAAACUCCAAGCAGGAGCCAGUGGCCCGGAAGAAACCCAAAGGCCACCUUUCUGACACCUUGGCCUCCUUGGAAGAUCCUGAGGCAGAAGAUGCUGAAAAUACGGAAAUCUCAGAAUAUAUCAGGGGAAACAGAAAGACCCGUGUGAAGCAGGAGGAGCCCGCUUUGCAGAAGCCCAGGGCAGAAUGUGCCUGGACACCUCCCAGCAGCCCAUCCCUCGAUGCCCAGUCAGCAGCUCAGAGCCCUGGGGUUGCUUCUGGGUCAGACCAAGAUGGUGCUCAGGAGGGCCCGCCAACGAAGAAGGCCGUGGGCUGGGCCUUGGCAAGGAGCCCUGCCCCGCUGAGGAAGAAAAAGAAAGUGAGCUUGGGCCCUGUGUCUUACGUCCUUGUUGAUGCAGAAGAUUCCAGGAAGACGAUCCUAAGGAAAGGGCCAGGCGCGAGAAGGGAUGCACCACUUCAGAAGGCGCUUCGAGGCCCACAGUGCAUGGGGUCGCCAGCGUCAACGUCACGGGGUCCCAAGGCCAAGCCAGAAGGCUCUCCUCAUGCCUCCAAAGAAGCCAGGAAGCUUUGAUUUGGAGGACCCCCCAUACCUGCGGAGUCGAAGGUGCAGGAAGAAGCUCCAAGUGGGGGACAACGUUUUCUCUUGUCCUUGAUUGAACCAAGACUUUUGAGUCUUUGGGGGACCCAGUUUGUGGAGAUGGGGCUCUCAGAGGUAAAUUGUGUGAGAUCUGAGGUGGGUGGGGUUGAGGGAGACAGGUGUAUCUCUAUGUUUCUUUUCUGCCAGGCCUGUUUUUCACCUCCUCGUAGAUUCACCUUCAGAGGUUGGGGGUCACUAAGCAGAUUGGGAGAAUUCUGGAACUUUUACCUUUACACAUGGGCCAGGGCCACUGUUGAGCCCUUCUUGCCCAUCCCUUGCUCCCUCUCCUGGAUGGUCAGCUGACCUCGGCAGGGCCUGUGUGCUGAAGAGCAGGGCGGCGGUUUUCCCCUCCCACCCUCUCUGUGCUUCGACCCCCGGCUAAGUUAAGCCCAGAUCUUUGAUGCAGACCGAGCUUCCUUGCCCCUCCAGCUGUCUAACUAGAGGGUGGAAGGGUCCCAAGAGUUAGUUUGGGGGGAAAAGAAUGCCCACUUAGACCUUGAAGUAUUUGACAUUUAGGUUGGAUUCCCACCUGGGGUAAAGGCCUCUCGGAAAGCCUGCAGGAAAGGGGGAUGAUUGGCGGGGAAUGAUGCGGUCAUCCCCUCCAGUGCCACCAAACCUUCACUUUGAACAUCGUUGAGGCUGACAAUGAAGACCUUUCUCACAUUGUAGUAAGAAAGGGGAAAAAAAAAAUCUGAAAAGAAUUGGUUGUUAAUUCUGUGCUCUGAGUAGACCAGAAUACCAUGCCUCCUGUGUGUGUAGGUGGGGGCAGGGUGCCUGAAGAUCAGUGCCUGCCAGCCCAGCCCAGGGAGGCCCAGGGCGUGCUCAAAGCUGCAGUCUGAGUCUGUUUUUCAUGUGUUUUAAGGAAAAAAACUGUGAAAAAUGUCUACUUGAAUACACUGUCGGCCAAACCAGUCGCAGAGGAGACUAUCAAAACAUUACCUUGUGUUCAUUAGUUAGCUUGUUUUUGUACAGGUCUCCAGGAGCUGUUUCUGCCGUGUAUGUGCAUAUAAUUGAAUUUCUUAUAAAUGUGACUGACGAGAAGGGUGACAAGUGGGAGAAUCCCUUCCUGCGCAUGCCCUGUAAUACAACACUCUGAAAGCCGUUUCCCUCUGUUUGUAAUUCACAGGCUCUUGAUAGGCUGUGAUUUUCAGGCGUGUGACAGCAAGUAAAUAAAUAUAUUAACGUGGCACACAGUGAUAAUAUUCUGUCCGAGUUUUAGCCCUUUACAUUUUUAGGGUCUCUUACGACUUCAGUUUUUGUGAUAAAAAAAAAAAUGUGCACUGUUGUUAGAUUCAACUUUGAAAACAAAUUUCUUGUGACACUUCAGUUCAAAGUCCCAGAUGAGUCUAACUGAAGAUGCAGGAGAAAAAAACAUAAAAAGGUUUCCUUUUGCAUCUAUUCAUCUGUGUGCAUCAAGGUUUUCCCAGAAUGUGUGCAAAACAAAAUGCAGGAAUGAACUGGAUCCUCGAGCCUGCAACGCUCUGAAACCUGAUUUCAAAAUCAGAUCCAUUAGGGCUUUGUUGUGUUAACAGAUGGACACCAGGAUCAGUAAAUGUAAAUGUAUGUGUUACCAAAUAAAGCUUAGCAAACUCA